CUCGUCCAACAGCAUAUGCCUCACAUCACUUCUAGUAUCUUUCACAUCCCUUACUGAUAACAAUGGAGUCUGGAGGAGUGAUUGCAGAGGCAGGCUGGAGCUCGGUCGACAUGCCAUUGCCAUCGCAUGAAGAGGAGUCAGCGAUAAUGGAACAGCUGCUUGGUACCUUUCCCUCCAAUUGUGUGGAAGGUGACCAAGGGUUGCCGUGGCUUAUUCAAGCUUCCAAUGCGUUCUAUUCCCAUUCCAAUGCUAGUUCUAGUACAUUUAGCUCCACUAAUAGCAAUAGUUCUGGUAGUCUUACUUUCGUUGUGCCAUCUGAAUAUGGGGGCUACUGUUUGAGUGACUCAAAUGAGGCCCUGGAUCUCAACUCCUGCACUGCACCAAUGCACCUGCAUAUGCUCCAGGAGCAAGGUGCAGCUCAGUUUAUGGAUACCAUUCUUAACCCUCCUUACGGGAGCGGUGAUUCAAGCUGUGAGGAUCUUGAGGAUUCUAGCAUGAAUCUUCUUGAUUACGUUGGUAAUUCUGACAAGAGAAAACAUCUGGAACAAGGCAAACUGGAUGGCCCAACAAGAAGUCGGAAAUGCGCAAGGAGGUCUGACUCGAAGAGGGUGAAGAAGACCAUGCAACGGGAAGGCCAGGAUGGUAGCGUCGCUGCCGCGAAUGGGCAAAGUUUAAGUUGUUGCACAUUUGAAAAUGACUCGAAAGCUUUUCCAAGACCUUCUGUUGUUGUUAAUCCAAAUAGCAAGGCUCAAACUGACCGCCGGUCAGCAACUGAGUCCCAAAGCCUCUAUGCUAGGAAAAGAAGAGAGAGGAUCAACGAGAGGCUGAGGAUAUUGCAGAACCUUGUACCAAACGGAACCAAGGUAGAUAUCAGCACUAUGCUUGAAGAGGCAGUGCAGUAUGUGAAGUUCCUGCAGCUUCAAAUCAAGCUCCUGAGCUCUGAUGAAAUGUGGAUGUAUGCUCCGAUUGCAUACAAUGGGAUGAACAUCGGAAUCGAUCUGAACCUCUCUCAGCACCGAUAGACCACUAUUAACAAUCUGGAGUUGCAGAAAGUUCCGCAAAUUCUACUUACAAUACCAUUCGGGUUUUUAGACUUAAGACAAACGUUUAUUACUAACAUGUUACCAAGUCUGACCAAUAAGCCAUUCUGGGGAAUCCAACCUUUCGACAAAAAUGAAGGUCGAAAACCUGUUCUUCAGUUGUUUUUGGGUAAACAGCCUGCAGUUACUGAAGAAACGGCUUGUAUGCCCACAAGGAUAUGGCAAAAGACACUGGGAGAGGCUCUGAAACUUGUCGAGACAAGAAAGGGCAAUGGAUCUGAUAAACCAUAUGUGGAGACUGUCAUAUCGUUCUUUGCUUUCUCUCUGUAUUUUCUUUUUAUUUAUUUUUUUAAUUUGCUCUGGUAGCAAAUUUCUGUAUACAGUCAAACAGAUUGUACGAAAAUAAAAUAAAAUAAUUUAUGUUCA